CACUUCCGUUCGUCAUUGAGCGGUAACUUCCACGGCGACUUUGCGUUGUCCACGCAGUGUUUGGAUGAGCUCAAAAGCUUGACAGCUUUACCACCGAUAAUUCGUCGCCUCAACGCCCUGAAGCUGAUGGACAGAUAACAAAGGUCAUUAUGUCGGGCGUGAAAGCAGCAUUGAAAGCUGCGAAGAGUGCAUUGGAUGCGCAAAACUACGAAGAGGCCGUGACCCAGGCACGUAUAGUGCUUGACAUAGAUGCGCAAAGCUAUCAUGGGAAUGUAUUUCUAGGCCUCGGCCUUGCCAGACAAAACCAGAAUGAGAAAGCCAUAACGGCGUAUGAGACAGCGGCGAGAAUAAAACCGACGGAUCCACUAGCUUGGCAGGGUCUUAUCACAGUUUAUGAAGGCCAGCAGGGAAAGAAAAUUGAUGAGUACCGGGAAUGCGCCGUGAAAUUGGCCGAAAUAUACAUGGAAGCAGAUGAUAAAGAGAGAUGCCAAACUGUGAUCGACAAGUUCAUUUCCUUUGCAAAAAAGUAUGGUAGCAGGCUGCAAAUAAAGAGAGCUCUUCAAGUCCUCCUUCCCUCGAGUACUAUAUACGAUUAUCUCGAAGGCCGUAUUCAACAUCCAUCACUUACGUACGUACGACUAGCUGAAAUCACCGAGGCAGAAGAGAAAGAGAGGAUCAACAGAGAAAUUGGCGAGCGGCGUACGCGCUUGGGAGCAAGGAUCGGCCAGGUUACUGCUGAUGUGAAGCGCGAAGUGCUGACUGGCAGUGAUCUGGAAGAAACCUAUCAGAAUAUCAUUGACUGGGCAAAUGAAGAUGAAGUUCGUCGAGAGUAUGAGGAGAAGCUCUUUCGGCGCGCAUAUGAGGUGCUGCUGGUGCUCCCAGCAGACCAAAAGGAACAGAAAAGGGCACAGAUCGAAAAGCUCGCUAAUGGCAUCGUUAUUCUCAAACAUCCCUUUGCAUUAGCAUGGGAGACUGUCCUUGAAUGGAAGGAUUCCGAGAGUCUUGCGAAUUGGGACGUUGUUGUCCUGGCAGACUUCAUCCGCAUUUUCCCUGACCAUGGCUUGAGCAAGACUUUGAAAGCUUACCUAACGAGCGAGAUUUCACCCUUUGCUGACUUUGAAAUCAAUGACGAGGAGGAAGAGAAGAGUGCUGAGAGCAACGACACGGUAGAUGGGUACCCAAAGCCCGCACCGCUCUCAUCUGCCGACCGCCUUUUAUUGAUGACGGAAGGCGUGGGUGAAAGCCCGGCAUCCCCGUUGAGCAAUCGCUUACUGGGAGACUAUUAUCUCUUUUUGGAGGAGUAUGAGAGUGCUGUCGAAAAUUCCCGCAAUGCUCGCAAACUCUACAUGGCAGAGGGACGAAAAUGCGGACUAGCUUUCCAACAUAAUCUCGAUGCAGUUGAUAUUAUAUUGGGCACUGCGCUUGUUCAGUAUCAGGCUCCCAAAAAUCACCCAGAGGCCAAAUCAAUAUUCAAUGACAUCCUUAAACGCAAGCCCCAUUCAGCAGAUGCCUUGAUAGGUAUUGGCCUUAUUCUUGAAGAAGAGGAAGAAUAUUCUGCUGCACAUGGAUUCCUGAGCAAAGCACUGGCACGGGACCCUGAGAAUGUCCGAGUUCGAGCUGAGGCUGCUUGGUGUAGCGCCCUGGGCGGAAACUAUUCCUCAGCGCUCCCUGAGCUCGAGGCGUGUUUGCCCGAGAUCCACGAUACAGACCCUCGUACAAAGGAUCUCAAAGCGAAAACUCUAUAUCGGACCGGCAUAUGCUGGUGGCAGCAAGACCCUUCUAAGGCUGCGCGGAAAGACAGAAAGGGUGCUUAUGCGCGUUUCCUUGGUGCUAUACAAACGAACCUUAAUUUUGCACCUGCAUACACAAGCUUGGGCGUCUAUUAUGCAGACUAUGCAAAGGAUAGAAACCGGGCUCGCAGAUGUUUUCAAAAGGCCUUUGAGCUCUCGGCUUCGGAAAUUGAGGCUGCGGAACGAUUGGCUCGCGAAUUUGCUGACAGGAGCGACUGGGAACUUGUCGAACUUAUUGCCCAGCGUGUCGUCGAUUCAGGAAAAGUAAGACCAGCCCCAGGGUCUAAGAAAAAAGGCGUGAGCUGGCCUUUUGCUGCUUUAGGUGUUGCAGAGUUGAAUAAGCAAGAGUACGCCAAGAGCAUCGUGUCAUUUCAAGCGGCACUCAGGAUUUCACCGAAUGAUUAUCAUUCAUGGGUGGGCCUUGGAGAGAGCUACCACAACUCCGGUCGAUAUAUCGCAGCAACCAAAGCAUUCGAGCAAGCUCAAGCCCUUCAAGCGGAGGUGAAUAAGACAGGAAAGACAGAAACCUGGUUUGCGAAAUACAUGCUCGCGAACGUCAAGCGCGAACUUGGCGAGUAUGAUGAAGCAAUACAGGAUUACCUAGAUGUGCUCCGUCAACGUCCGAGAGAGUUCGGCGUUGCUAUGGCCCAUCUACAGACGCUUAUUGAAGGUGCCUGGAGAAAUAUCGAGCUUGGAUUCUUCGGACGGGCUGCUGAUGGCGCAAAGAAAGCCAUCGAUCUUGCCGCCGACAUAGCUGAGGAUCGCUACGAUGCGUUUAAUUUGUGGAAAGCGGUUGGUGAUGCUUGCGCUGUUUGGUCAUGGACGCAGAGCAGAGCUCCAUUGUUCUGUCUCGAGAAGGUCAAGCACCUCUUGCGGAUCAGCAUAGACACUCAGGAGUUUGAGCUUUUCGCAGAUUUUGACGGUAUUGGCAAAGAUUCUAUUAAAUCUCUUCAGGCCAUUGACGGCGAAGUCACAAUUUCCACUAUUCUAUACGCAUCCAUUCUGGCACAUAAACGCGCUAUUCAUGCCUGUGCUGGUGAUUUGCAUGCUCAAGCAGUAGCAUGGUACAAUCUUGGAUGGACAGAAUAUAGGGCUUACGCCUGUCUUGGUCCCAAUGCACCAUAUGGAAGCAAGGAAGCAAGCAACUUCCUCAAGGCAGCAGUCCGGUGCUUCAAGCAAGCCAUAGAAUUAGAGGCUAGCAAUGCCGACUUCUGGAAUGCACUGGGAGUCGCGACUACUCCAAUUAGUCCAAAGGUUGCGCAGCAUUCUCUCGUCAGGAGUUUACAUCUUAAUGACAGAAAUGCUCGCGUCUGGACCAACAUCGGAACUCUUUAUAUCCUUCAGGACGAUUUCCAGCUGGCAAACGAUGCAUUCAGUCGAGCACAAUCGGCUGAUCCUGACUACGCACCUGCUUGGAUCGGGCAAGGUUUCUUGGCUAACCUCCUGGGUGAUCCAAAAGAGGCACAACUUUUAUUUACGCAUGCCUUUGAGAUUGCUGACUCCUCUUCCCUCCUUGCUAAGCGUCACUUUGCAUUAUCAACCUUCGAUCGUCUCCUAACCAUACCUUUGCCAUCCCACAACGUCACAAGCUUUAUCGAACCUCUUUUUGCUCUUCGACAACUCCAAUCACAAUCUCCAAAGGAAUCCUCAUAUCAGCACCUUGCUGCACUCUACCUCGAGCGUAUCGGUGAUCACUCAGCGGCCAUUCAGUCCCUACAAGAUACGUGUUCGAGUGCAGAAGCGGAAUACGAAGUUUCAGAAUCGACCAAAUCGCUGGCACAAUUUGCGGUAGCAAAGACAGAUCUUGCUCGCGUUCAGCUAGCUGUACACGAUUUCGCGUCGGCGGCAGAGAAUGCAGGAAUGGCACUUGACCUUUCUGAAGAAGACAUCAAAGACCUGACUGGUACUGGACGGCGGAAAUGCAGAUUAUCUGCCCACCUUACUCUAGGGUUAGCGCACUACUACAUGAAGUCUAUGGACGAUGCCAUCGACGCAUUCCGUGCCGCCCUUGAAGAGAGUGAAGGUGCACCAGAUGUGGUUUGUUUGCUGGCACAAGUACUUUGGGCCAAAGGCGGCGAGGAAGAGCGGAGCGUUGCGCGUGACCAACUCUUUGACUGCGUCGAGAAACACCCCGGACACGUCAAUGCCACGCUGCUCCUUGGUGUCAUUGCCCUUCUGGACAAUGAUCCUGAUGUGAUUGCGGCGGUAUCGUCUGAUUUGCACUCUUUGCGAACGGCAGAUGGCUUGGACACUCUGCAGGGCCAAAAGAUCGACAUGGUGUUAGCGGCGAUUGCUGCUGUUUCAGCUGAAGAAAACAACAAAGAGUUUGAGCAACUCUCCGAAUUGAUGACAUCGGUGAUGCUCUCUCCCGCCCAGCCACAUGGAUGGGCCGAGCUGGCUGAGGUCGGACAAAAUUCGUUCCCUGCCGAGAUGGCGCUUAGCACGACGGCCCAGGGGGUUCCUCCAACGGGAUCGCUUGGUUCAGAUAAUCUCGCAAAAGCAUUCGCAAGAACGGAUAGAGCAGGCGAUGCGCAACGUGCCAUCAUGACUGCUCCUUGGUUACAAGAUGGAUGGGUAGCGCUUGGCGAUUGUGUCGCCUGAACAAAAGCAAAGGAGGCUUUAACUCCCCUUCGCUCUGUAAAUAAAUUCCACUUUGAUGAGCAUUUUGGCUGCGAACAUAUUGUACUUGCAUGAUGAUAGAAAAAGUUAUAACCGUAACGCCCGUCGCACGUCUAGUGGGAAAAUUCAAUGAAACGAAAUAUACAGC